UAUUUUUAUUAAGCCUUUCCAGCUACGGUGCGUGUGUGUGCAAGACUGGUACGGGAAGGGAACAAGAGACGGUAGACGUGAGGGGUUAAUUAAAAGACUGGUGUUGUCAGGUGGCACAUAGCCUUUGAAGACCGACACCAUUCGCAAAACCCAGGCAAUUCCCUUGGAUUUGGAUACGUUUCUGUAAAGUGCUGAUCCCUUAAUUUGAGCCGCUACAGGAUGUCUGGACAGAGCAUUACGGACAGGAUAACCGCCGCACAGCACAGUGUCACCGGUUCGGCGAUUUCCAAAAUUGUGUGCAAGGCGACCACGCAUGAAAUAAUGGGGCCCAAAAAGAAACAUUUGGAUUAUUUGAUUCAGUGCACAAAUGAGAUGAAUGUGAACAUCCCUCAACUGGCUGACACACUGUUUGAGAGGACCACCAAUACCAGCUGGGUGGUUGUCUUCAAGUCUCUCACCACCACACACCAUCUGAUGGUCUAUGGCAAUGAGAGAUUUAUACAGUAUCUGGCUUCACGGAACACAUUAUUCAACCUCAGCAAUUUUUUGGACAAGAGUGGCCUACAAGGCUAUGAUAUGUCAACUUUUAUAAGAAGAUAUAGCCGCUACCUGAAUGAGAAGGCAGUGUCCUACAGACAAGUCGCUUUUGACUUUACUAAAGUGAAGAGAGGUUCUGAUGGAGUGAUGAGAACCAUGAACACAGAGAAACUCCUCAAGACCAUCCCUAUCAUCCAAAAUCAGAUGGAUGUGUUACUUGAUUUCAAUGUCAAUGCCAAUGAACUGACAAAUGGUGUAAUUAACGCAGCCUUCAUGCUUCUGUUCAAAGAUGCAAUCCGACUGUUUGCAGCCUACAAUGAGGGAAUAAUCAACCUCCUGGAGAAAUACUUUGACAUGAAGAAAGUCCAGUGCAAAGAAGGACUAGACAUCUACAAGAAAUUCCUUACACGAAUGACAAGAAUCUCAGAGUUCCUUAAAGUUGCAGAGCAAGUGGGUAUUGAUCGAGGGGACAUCCCAGAUCUGUCUCAGUUUACAGUUUGUGCCCCCAGCAGCCUGCUGGAUGCCCUUGAACAGCACCUAGCCUCUUUAGAGGGAAAGAAAGUUAAAGACUCAACAGCUGCCAGCAGGGCUAGCACCCUCUCCAGUGCUGUGUCCUCCCUGGCCAACACCGGCAUAUCUUUUACCAAAGUGGACGAGAGGGAAAAACAGGCAGCCCUGGAGGAAGAGCAGGCUCGCCUGAAAGCAUUAAAAGAGCAGCGUCUGAAAGAGCUCCAGAAGAAUACAGUGACCACAGACUCCUCCCCUGUCUCCACAGUGAGCAGUACCAUAAACUCAGCCCCUGCCAUUGACCUCUUCUCCACCCCCAGCUCCACCAACAGCACCUCCAAGGCAGCCAACGACCUGCUGGAUCUGCAGCCAGCUUUUCAGCAGCCACUGCCUCUCGCCACCACAAACACAUGGGGAGACUCCUUCUGUGGGCCAAGCCCUUACAACACCACUCCUCUUUUCCAUUCUGAGCCCUCUGCUGUAGCUGGUCUAUACAGAGGGUUUACAGCCUCCCCAACACCUCAGAACUGUCAAGGCCUUAGCAUCGACUUUGACUCAGUAUUUGGCAGCAACACCAAUGUCAACAACCUGGAUUCUGCGGAUGUUUUAGGUGGCAUCCUCAAACCCACAGUGGCGUCUGCACCCAAUGAAGACAUGACCCCGAACAGCCAGCAGCCCAACAAACUGGUGUCCAAUGAUCUAGACUCCUCCCUGGCCAAUCUUGUUGGCAAUCUUGGAAUUGGUAACGGCACAGCAAAGAAUGAUCUUCACUGGAGUCAGCCUGGUGAGACGAAGCUGACAGGUGGAACCAACUGGCAACCCAAAACAGCACCUUCUACCACCUGGAACCCUGCAACCAUGGCACCCUCUGUCAUGGCCUUCCCUGCAACCACACCGACAGGCAUGGUGGCAUAUGCAAUGCCUCCCCACAUGGGCUCCGUGCUGAUGGCACAGCCUACUGUGAUGUACACCCAGCCAGUGGUGAGGCCAGCCAACCCAUUUGGCCCCAAUCCAGGUGCACAGACUCAGUCACCCACACCUUCUAGUCCCUUUUGUCUCAGCCCCCUAAGACCACCAGGGAAGGACCCCUUUGCACAGCUCUUUCUGCAGAAUUUCUUAUAGAACAUCUUUAGAUGCAGUUUAUGUAACCUGAGAUGGAGGAGACUUUCCAAUCUGAAGACAAUUCACAACAAAGUCAACUUACACAAGCAAACCUGCAGUUUGCUUCUAAUGAACUCACCUCUCUGAGAAUGAAAAGCCCAAAUAAGACUGAAUAAAAUCACAGUGACUCGUAGCAGCUUUGGCCAUCUCACAGAGGCAUCACAGCGGACAUUGUGCCCAUCUAGACAUGUCAAAGUCAUAGAAGGAGAACAGUGUGCGCUGCCAUUCAGAACCAUGUGGACAGGGACCGGCCUCUACUGUAUCGUGGGUUAUGAGAAAUGCAUACUGUUCGAGUUGUCUUUUUUGUUUUUUUAUAUCCAGGCGAGGCUGGGAGAGUCACCUUUUGAUUAUCAAUCAUGAUUAUCUUCUUCAAGAAUCCUCAUAUUAGGAAAAUUGGUGCAAACUCCUGUUUAUACCACAGACUUUUUGUUCUCAGUAGACAUUCCUUGUGUAUUGUUUGUAUUUAUUUAUGAUUACCUACAAAGGACAACAUUGUUAAAAAAAGGAAAUGUAUUUAGUCACUGACCUCCAAGUGGAAGGUCUUCAGGUUUUUACAUAGGUAUGGUUGAUGGUAGAAUUGGAUUUUGAGUGAUUGAGAUGAAGUUAAUAUAAAGUUGAAAAGAGAUGACACAUUUUGAUGUAUGGGGCACUGAAUAUUCUCUGUACUCGCAUGAUACUGUGUACAGUCAUCUGAGGCUCAAGGGGUCACACUGAGGAUGUAUAUCAACAUAAUUCAUUAACACCAAAUCUGUGGGGGCAAUUUCUAUGAAUUUGGCAGGGGAACAUUUUCCACUUCAGCAAAAGCACUACAUUUUAUAUUGAGGCAGCAUUGCAUUGGAACAAAAUAUGCAUUUAUGCUUUUUGACGCUUUUGGCAUGCCAUUUAUUCUUACAUGUAACAAAGCUUCUGGCUGCCCCUUUCCAACUUGAAUGUGUAGGGUCACUUUCAUGCUUUGAUCAUUUUUCCAUAGGCAAGCACUGGAGUGUUGAGGACAAUGUGGGGGCAUGGGGAGAUAUCACGUGUAGGUUCAAGUCUGACUGGUAACCAAGGGGUGGGCUCCAGUUGUGCAGGAGAAUGGAGCACUGUUGAUCGGUGCUUUGUGUAUAUAAAACUGAUCCUGCCAGUCACAGAAAUGGGUGUAAGGAUGAAAGAUGGCUGGAACAUGAAAGUGACCCUUAAUCCAUUAACUGAGCAUAUUUGUUGUAUUGUCUCUAAGGAUUACAUACACACACACACAGUUUUUUGUUUUUUCUAAUAAAGUGCAAGUUUCCGCACGUC